UGGAGAUGUGCGGGGCGGGGAGGCGCUGGGGCCGGCGGCAGCGAGCUCUGCUCUGGGCCGUGCUGCUGGCAGCGUGGGAGGCGGCGUGGGGGCAGCUGCGCUACUCCGUGCCCGAGGAGAUGCCCAAGGGCUCGUUCGUGGGCGACGUGGCCAAGGACCUGGGGCUGCCUGUACCGACGCUCCGAGAUCGAGGCGUCUACAUCAUGGACAAAGGUAGGACGCAGUAUUUCUGUGUGCACGGGAAGACAGGACAUUUAGUGACGGCGGAGAGGAUCGACAGGGAGCAACUGUGCGAGAAUGUGCAGCAAUGCGUGCUGCGCUGUGAGCUGAUAGUGGAGGGACAGAUGCAGGUUUACGGAAUCGAAGUAGAAAUCAUGGACAUUAACGACAACGCACCCAGCUUUCUAGAGGCAGAAACAGAGCUGAGACUGAGCGAGAUGACAGCGCCGGGGUCGCAGUUUCCACUGACAGAGGCUCAUGACCCAGACCUGGGCAGGAAUUCCCUGCAGAGCUACGAGCUGAGCGGCGACGAGCACUUCUCGUUGGCCGUGCAGGCGGGCCCCGGCGGCGAUCAGCGUCCCGAGCUGGUGCUGGCGAAGGCGCUGGACCGGGAGGAGGCGGCGUUUCACGAGCUGCUGCUGAGGGCGAUGGACGGUGGCGAUCCGGCACGGACGGGCACGGCUCGGAUCCGCGUGACGGUGCUGGACGCAAACGACAACGCGCCCGUGUUCAGCCAGGCGGAGUACACGGUGCGUGUGCCCGAGGACGUGCCCGUGGGCUCUGUCCUCGUCACCGUAACAGCUUCUGACGCCGACGAGGGGUCGAAUGGACACGUGAAAUACGUGUUCAAGAAAAUCACAAAGAAAGUCUUGCAGAUUUUCCAGGUGGAUGCGGAGUUCGGAGCAAUCACUCUGUUGCGGAGCCUGGACUUCGAGGAAGGCAAUUCCUAUGAACUGGAGGUGCAGGCACUUGACAGUGGAGCCCUUUCCGACACUGCCAAAGUUGUAGUUACCGUGACAGAUGUGAACGACAACGCCCCCGAACUCACAGUAUCGUCGGCGCUGAGUGAGAUCUCUGAGGAUGCGCCGUCGGGGACUGUAGUCGCCCUGCUGCACGUGGAGGACCGGGACUCUGGAGCAAACGGCGAGGUGCGCUGCUCGCUCGAUGGGGGCGUCCCAUUCCGACUGGAGAAGUCCUAUGAAGACUACUACCGUGUGGUGACAGCGAGAGAGCUGGACCGGGAGCAGGUGUCAGUGUACAACGUGACGGUGCGAGCGGCCGACGGCGGGUCGCCGGCGCUGCAGAGCAGCGCGGUGCUGGCGCUGCGGGUGCUGGACAUUUACCUUGAGAAAGAGGCUGAUGAGAAGCUGUUUGAAAUGAUGGUUUCCUAA